GUGUCUGAGCUGCUCGUUGGACGUGAAUCCCACUCCCAGCCGCUGAACCCAGGAGCAUCUGUAUGAACAAUGAACCGGCUGACUGAAGGAAAUGGUUUGGUGAAGAAGCGAUGAAGAGGACGCGUGAGGAGUGUCGAGAUGAUGGGAUUGCAAAACGGCACUGAUUUUUCUGGAUAUUUGUGGUAUGAAUGACCUCUAACGGUGCAGGGAAUUAGUCGUUUCUAAUACUUUGUUGUCUGCGGAUCAAUCCUCCUAAAGACUGUGAUAGCGGUACAUUAGCCAGCUAUUGUUGGCUUAUUGAACUGUCAACCUAUUGUAAUUAAAACACGUCUAAAGGCUUUAUUACCUAAGUGUCAUAGUUUAUUUAUUAACAUGGACAUAUUAUUAAAUGGCCUAGGGUUCUAGAUUUUCCCAAAGAGUCAUUUUUUUAUUGCAAGAAGAUUAAUUUUGUUUGAAAUCAUCAUUUAGGUCUUCAACUAAAGGGGUGCAUUUUUAUUAAACCUUCUCCACAUUGCAUUGACUUAUUAUUUUUAUAUAUUUUUUGGCACAUGCUGCUUGAUGUCAUGAGUUGGCCAUCUGUUGUGGGAACCUUAAACCUGCAACAAGCAGAUUAACCAGUGAAAGGUCCAGUAUGGAGGCUUCUGUGCCUGAACUCAGUUGGGUUCCUGUUGCUGGAGGAGGAGGAAGGAUGCUGAGGGCCCCCGCGGGCUCCGUGGAGCAGAGGGAUGAGGAGCAGGAGGAUGAAGCCGAAGAGGAGUUAAGGGAUGGAGGGGUGCCUUUCUAUGUGAACAGAGGAGGCCUCCCGGUGGAUGAGGAGACUUGGGAGAGGAUGUGGCGCCAUGUGGCUCGAAUACACCCCAACGCUGAGGCUCUGGGGAAGGAGACCCGGGGGGCCACUGACCUGCCCAAGAUUCCAAUACCGAGUGUGCCUACAUUUCAACCUACCACCACUAUCCCACAGCGCUUGGAAGCCAUACAGAAAUACAUCAGGGAAUUGCAGUACAAUCACACAGGAACACAGUUUUUUGAAAUUAAGAAGAGCCGGCCUCUUACUGCGUUGAUGGACAUUGCUAAAGAGAUGACGCGGGAGGCUCUGCCAAUCAAAUGUCUGGAGGCGGUGAUCCUGGGGAUUUACCUCACCAACAACAUGCCCGGUGUGGAGCGCUUCCCCCUCAGCUUUCAGUCUCACUUCUCAGGAAACCACUUCCACCACAUCGUGCUGGGAGUUCACUGCGGAGGACGCUUCGGCGCGUUGGGCACGAGUCGGAGGGAAGACCUCAUGUUCAAGCCCCUGGAGUUCCGCACACUGAUGGACCUAGUGCAAGAGUUCGAAGGAGCCUACAGGGGCUACUGGCACACCCUGCGCAAGGUCAGGAUCGGCCAGUACGUGUCCCAUGACGCUCACAGCGUGGAGCAGAUAGAAUGGAAACAUUCCAUACUAGACUUAGACAAGCUGACCAAGGAGGAGCUACGGAAAGAGCUGGAGAGACACACUCGGGACAUGAGGCUGAAGAUAGGGAAGCCUGCACCACCCUCUCCCACCAAAGACAGGAGGAACAGCAUGGGGUCACCCCUCAGAGGACAGGGCAGCCCCAUACGCAGGAUCAGCCGCAUUGAGAGACGUCCCUCUGGAGAUAAGAAGGUUCUGGAGCCAAAAUCGGCCGCAGAAAUUAAUGGAUACCAGAUUCGAGUCUGAAGAAGAAUGUUAGCUUGCUUGUAAGGAUACAAGGUCCCACACACGUGUUUCAGAGCCGCAGAUUCACUCUUCAUUUUUUAUACUCAUUGGCCUAUUCACGGAGACACAAUGUUGAAUAGGUCACCAGCAACUUUUCUUCUCAAAACAAAUGCCUCUUUCAGUUUUUCUACGUCUACCAUGGUUAAGGUUUUUCAUGGAGCAGGUACUGUGCUUGGUUCUGGCCAUGCUCCCAAAUUAAAAAGGGGACAUAAGUGCAGUACUUUGUAAACAUUUUUAAAUAACUGCAGAUUUUUGCAAACUCAACACAAUGUGAAAUAUGACUCUUCCCUUGACGUUGGGCAGGACCACCACUCAGUGUUAAUGUGCUACUGGACAUGUCAUAAGGUUCUGUGGUGUUAUGUUCAACAAAAGCUCUUAAGGCUCGUCUGCAUUCUAUAUCGUCGUACUGUAAGUGUGCAAGUACAUGUAAUGUCAUUUUAAAUCCACUAAGGCUCUGCUGGGCUGCCAUUUCUUGUGUAGUGACUAGUUUGCAAACCACUACCCGUGUGCCUUGUAUGGAAACUCAAAGAGAAGGAAAUUCCUUUUUUUAUAUCCACCCCAUUAUUCUCAUUGUCUAACUAAUCAGAAAAGCAGUGUAAUCUCUGUUCUUCCUAAAAUAUCCAGAUGCUAGCAUGUUUAGCAUGCUAAUCACCUUAUUGAAUUUGAAUAUGGGAUUGAAUACACAAUAUACAAUGGUAUAUUCAAGAUUAUGAAGUCAUCUGUAGUGAUACUAUAAGAAGCAGGAUUUUUUCUGGCUCCUGAAUAUAAGACAUGUCACAACAACCAUGAUUAUCAAGCUGAUGGACCUUAUCUGCAUUUAAUGUAGAUGUUGAGUAAGAACAAGUUUGGUUUAUAUGUCCUGUAUAUCUGCUUUAUAUAUACAUUGUUUCUAACUUUAUUUGUAGCAACUUUAUCCGAUAAUUCACUAGCCUUAAGUGGUGCGAUUUCCUUUUCAGAUGAAGUGUAAAGACGUUUGUUUACUGCACUUUUAUCUGCAUUUUGUAUUUAUAUUAUCAUUGGAAAUUGUCAUUUUAUACUUCCUUCAGUGUUGGUGAUCAGCAGUAGAACACUAUUUACUACACACUGUUUUGAAUAUGUUGCCACAGCCAAAAACCUUCCGUUUACAGUAGGUGUUGUCUAUUUUCAUUUCAGUGCUCUAUUACACAAUUGUUUCGUACGAAAAGACUGUAGAUUUACAGGAUCACAAUAAAGAGGCAACCCAU